AAUGGCUGACUGGUUCUUUAGGUAGUGUUUCACACAGUCUCUCGAAUAUAACCGGCCAGAUAUCGUCGUUUACAAAAGACGUAUUAAAAGAAAGUACUGAUGAAGUAGAUGAUCAUCAGACUGAGCUGAGAAUUGCAAACGGGAAAGUUAAGGAACUAGAAUAUGCAGCAGAGGCUCAGAAGCAAGAGUGGGACCGUAUUCGAAGUGAGAACACGGAACUGAGAGAGCAAGUGGAAGCUGCAGAGCUACAAAUAUCCAAUAUAUCAAGGCAAUACAGAGAAGUGCUCCAAGCUAAGGAGAAUGAAGUUGCAAUGCUCAAGCAUCAACUGGAUGAGCUGGAAGAACAUCACAAUCAACUGCUACAACAUUCACCAACUAAAGUAGAUCUUUCUUUGCCCCCAUCACACAUAUCAGUACGUGAACAUCAUGAAGAGUCAUCAGUUACUGAUCUUAUAACAGCACAGAUGGAAAUCAAUCAACUUUCUAGCAAGAAUGAAAGACUUCAAGCUCAAGUGAAGCACUGGAAGUCUAUUUCUCAAAACAAGCAGGGCAAUGAAGCGAGUUCAAAUGAAGAUAGACUGCUGGAGCUUCAAGUUCAACUUGAAGCUGUGCGGCAUCAGUUAAGUGAAGAGGUUGACUUACAUCAAAGUCAGGUGGCAGCAUUGCAGAAUGAGCACUUGAAGAAGUUGACAUUGAUGAGAAAUAAGCAUGAGCUUGAAGUGGGAGAGAAAGAUGAAAGAAUCAAUGAUUUAAAUCGACAAUUAUAUGCUGCUGGCAGACAGAGCUCUGUUUUAGAGCCAGAAGGAAAUGCCGAUAAGAACACUUCAAAAUUGCAAGAGGAAUUAGAUGAGUUGCACAUGAAGUAUGCAGUAGGAGAAGAUACUAGAAGACAACUUUCAGAGCAGGUGGUCAUGCUAGAGAAAACUUUGGAAAAUGUUGAAAUGAAGAAAGAGCUUUUACAGACAGAGAAAGAGCAAUGUGAAAGUGAGUAUCGACAGUUGGCUGACAAACUUGCUGAAAUGGCGCAUGAUGAUCAUAAGCCAUCUGUUAACCGUAAAGAUGAUAGUGAUGGUCUGGACAGUGAUAGGUUGGAGUUGUUGUCUCGAUUAGAUGAAUCAAUGAGUGACUUGCAAGCUCAAAGUGAGGAAAAUGAAAUUCUGCAACAGAAAACUAUUCAACUUAAGACAACUGUUAAGGACUUGCAACAACAGCUUAAUGAGGAGCAAGAGAGAAGUUUGGAACAUCUCUCUGACUUAAGAAAGGAGAAUGUUCAUCUUCGUGAUGCUAACGUUGAGCUGCAGUUACAAGUCAAACAGAGAAAAGAUCAAAGUGAUCACGAACUGAAGAAAUGGAAGCAGCAGACUCAGCAGCUUGAUGAAGCUUUGAGUAGAGUGAAUGAAGAGCAAAAUGCUAACAGAGAAUUGAAAUCAAAACUUGAAAAAGUACAGCAUAAGUUUGAUGUAGUCUGCAUUGAAAAGGAGGAGAGAAAGAGUGAACACACUGCUCAAAUUUCUAGCUUGAAAGAUAGCAAAGACUCAUUGCAAAUCGAAUGUCUUGAGGUACGUAAACAGACAGAAGAGUUGGUGAAAGACAAGAUGGAACUGGAAGGCACCAAACAACGACUGGAGACACAGUUAGACGCACAGCUGUUAAAGCUUGAAGACAAAACACAGGAAUGUGUGGCUAUGCACCAACAGCUGUUGCAGUUAACAUCAGAUUUAGAGACAGUACUACAAGAGAAGUCUGAUUUAGAAAAAGAUGUUUUAAGAGAUUCCGAGCAGCACAAAUUCAAAGAACAUGCAUUUGCUGCUUUGAGAGAGGAAAGAGACUCACUAGCUGAAGAACUAGCUGCAGUAAAGGAAGAACUCCAACAAUUGAAUGAAGGUGUCGAAAAUCAGGAAAUUAAUUCAGACUCCGGUGUUAUUCAGAUAGAUGGAAGAAAUACAGGAGCAAUUGCCCAACAAUCAGAUGAAGCUGGAGACACUGCUGACAGUAAGAAUGAGACUCAUGCACAAUUGUAUGCUGCUUUGCAACAGUACCAGCAAAUCCAUGCAACAUACACUCAAAACUUGUUAGCCUUUCAAGCUGAAACAGAACGCCUGAAGAGUUUAGUGAAUGAACGAGACAAUCAACUCGCACAACUUCAACAAAUGUACUCUAGUCUAGUGAAGCAAAUUGAAGAAAAGGACAGGAAUUUUGGCUUUGAAGCUGGCAGGCUAAAUGAGCUAGUGGAAUCCACGAGGAGAGAUCUGCACCAAAUGAAGGAAGAACAUCAGACUCUUGUAAGAUGUGUUGCCAACGUAAAGGUUGAAGGUGGAGGCGAUUCUUUAUCACAGAAAGUUGAACAAUUGAUCAUAACAAACAAGCGAGAGAGAGAUGUAGCUCAUUCGUUGCGAGAUCAUAAUGGGCAGCUUUUGGAGACAAUUGCUGAAAACAAAGGACGUCAAGCUCAGCUUGAGAGAGAGUUGGAACAACUAAGUGUGAAGCUCCAAGGACGUGAAAAAGAAAUUGGUAUUUUGAAGUCAGAACUUAUUGUUGGAUCAAAGACUUCUCAAGCAACAGUCGAGAGAUCGGGAAGAGAGCUUGAUCGUUUAAGAGCUCACCUUAUUGAGGUUGAAGAGACAUACACUAAAGAAGCUGUGAGGGCACGUGAGAGAGAAUCUGAUCUUGUUAGAAGUUUGCAAUCUGUGGAAGACAAAUUAAGAGUAGCACAGCAAGAAGCCGACAGCAGAAAUAAUUUCACGCAGUCACAGUUGCAAAGUCUGCAAGAUCAAUUAAACAGUGUUUGUUCUCAACGGGAUAGUGCAAUGGAGCAGCUGAUUACGUGUCAAGCAGAUCUGGAUCAGAAAAUUGUACAAUUGACUAACUUGCAAAUGGUACUGGAGCAAUUCAGUGCAGAUAAGGACCAGCAAAUUGGACUUGUGCAGCAGACAAUGCAGCAACAAUUUCAUUUGCAACAGAAAGCGAUGGAAGAACUCAGGCACCGGCUAACGGCGUGUCAGGUCAAGUUGGCUGAAGCGCAGGAGGCUGCUGCAGAUUGUAACAGAUUACGUGGUGAACUGGACAGGUCUCAUGACACGGAACAGUCUCUUAGACUUGAUGUUGCCAAACUGGAAGCAGGUCUUCAAGCAACAAUCAAGCGGCUUCAUGCGGCCAAGCUAGCAGAAGAUGAAUUUGUGGAAAAGAAGCUUGUCAAGAACUGGCUACUGGGCUACAUGUCUAGCACGGAAGACAAGAAACAAGGCAUUGAAAACGUACUGGCAAAUAUUGUCGGUGUAACAGAAGAAGACUUGGCUAAGGUCAGACAGCACAGGUCGGGAUGGCUUUCGCGGUGGUUGCCUGGUAGAGCUGGACAUGACCAGUCCAUUGGAAAUAACUCAUUCUCAGAACAGUUUGUUCGUUUCUUGCAAGAGGAAUCGACUUCUUCAUCUUUGGUCACAGUAGCUCUUCCUAAAACUCCAACAAGUGUUGGCCAAGCAGGAGGAAAUAGUUUUGUGAGCACAGCUGUGGAUACUUCUGGUCAACUUGCAGCUACUCCAGACUCACCUAAACCAUGGAAGUAUUCUCCACAGGCAGUAACUUUGACAGGUAGUAGUUUCCACUUGGUACCUACAGUUAGCACUCCCAAAGCUCACACAGGAGGUAGGGACACUGAAACAGAAUUACUGAGAACUGCUGCAGUUGCCUCCUCACAGGAACCCAACUCUCCAUCAUUCCAGACACAGACAUUACUAGAAGUUCUUGAUAGCUCUCAGUCAGGGAGUAAAUAGAAGUAGAAAAGGCAUUUUGUAUUGUAACAUGUAUGACGAAAUUCAUGUGAGUUAUGUAUGCUGGGAAAGAAGAAUAACUAUUGGCUGCAUUCACUGCAGUCAUCAACAGACUGAGUGUUUCAGGGACUAUUGAUACUGAAUU